AUGCUGAUAGAGGGCCAGCGUCUUAGCGCAUGCAAUGUUCCUCGUGCUACCAACGCCCCUUUGAGCGGAAAGCUCCUGGACAGCACGGUUCCAGCUACGACUUGCCACAGCGAGUUGAGAAUGGAACGGCAUCUGACAACUGGUUUCCGUGGCCGUCUCGGGGACGACAGGCUCAUGCACUGCCGUACCUGCAGAAGACUGGAGAAGCAGCGGCUAGACGUGAGUCGGCAGGGCGGAACGAGCGGCGACGCGAACGCGGCGGUGGAGCCGGCGAGCACAGAGGAGGCUACGUGCCCGCUGUGCCUGGCCUCGUUGGUGGAUUCGCACGACGCGGUGGUACAUGACCGCUUGCACAAGGGCAUACGGCCUUUCGAGUGCCACCGCUGCAGCGAGACGUUCUUGAGCGUUGCCGGCCUGAUGCUACAUCGGCACCAGCACUGUCGUCAGCCCCGGUACAGGUGCGACCGUUGUCAAAGACAGUUCCAGGACGUGGCGCUGUACACGAGGCAUUGCAAGAAGCAUGGCUGCAUCUGGAAGAGAGCACGGCUGCAGAUGCUCACACUGAAUUUUUGGCGGAAGACAGCUUAG